GCGCUGCCAAUCUAUGCAAAUGAAAACUCAGUCUGCUGAGAAUUUUCAUAAGAGCUGAAACAAAUCGCGAACGAACUUGACCGUUGCAGUUGAAACCAAAUUCACCUCAACUAUGUCGAACCUGAGGAAAAUGAAAGACGAGGAGCGUGAAUCAGAAUAUGGUCGCGUAUAUGCCGUCUCUGGCCCGGUCGUAACGGCCGAGUGCAUGUCCGGCUCUGCUAUGUACGAGCUUGUGCGUGUCGGCUACUAUGAGCUGGUGGGUGAGAUCAUUCGACUGGAGGGCGACAUGGCCACCAUUCAGGUUUACGAAGAAACUUCCGGAGUUACAGUCGGCGAUCCCGUGCUGCGCACUGGAAAGCCUUUGUCCGUGGAACUAGGUCCUGGCAUUAUGAACAGCAUUUUUGAUGGUAUCCAGCGUCCACUGCGCGACAUUGGCAUCAUGACCAGCUCCAUUUACAUACCCAAGGGCGUCAACACGCCUGCUUUGUCUCGCUCUGUUAUGUGGGAGUUUAAUCCGUUAAAUGUGCGCGUUGGCUCUCACAUCACCGGUGGCGACUUGUACGGCGUGGUGCAUGAAAACACAUUGGUCAAGCAGCGCAUGAUAGUGGCGCCUCGUGCCAAGGGCACAGUACGUUAUAUUGCGCCUGCUGGCAACUACAAUUUGGAGGAUGUUGUGCUGGAAACGGAAUUCGAUGGCGAUAUUACCAAACAUACUAUGCUUCAGGUGUGGCCAGUGCGUCAACCCCGUCCCGUGACGGAGAAGCUGCCAGCCAAUCAUCCUCUAUUCACAGGACAAAGAGUGCUUGAUUCGCUCUUUCCCUGUGUUCAAGGCGGCACCACUGCUAUUCCUGGUGCAUUCGGUUGCGGCAAAACUGUCAUCUCCCAGGCCUUGUCCAAGUACUCCAAUUCGGAUGUUAUUAUUUACGUCGGCUGCGGUGAGCGUGGCAAUGAAAUGUCUGAGGUACUGCGUGAUUUCCCGGAACUCACUUGUGAGAUCGAUGGCGUUACGGAAUCCAUUAUGAAGCGCACUGCCCUGGUGGCCAAUACCUCUAACAUGCCUGUGGCUGCUCGUGAAGCUUCCAUCUACACUGGCAUCACACUCUCCGAAUAUUUCCGUGACAUGGGCUACAAUGUGGCCAUGAUGGCUGACUCCACAUCACGUUGGGCCGAGGCGUUGCGUGAAAUUUCUGGCCGUCUUGCUGAGAUGCCUGCGGAUUCUGGUUAUCCUGCGUAUUUGGGCGCUCGCUUGGCCACUUUCUAUGAGCGCGCCGGUCGCGUCAAGUGUCUAGGCAACCCAGAGCGCGAAGGCUCUGUGUCCAUUGUGGGCGCUGUCUCGCCACCUGGUGGUGAUUUCUCUGAUCCUGUCACCUCUGCCACCUUAGGUAUUGUGCAAGUGUUCUGGGGUCUGGACAAGAAGCUGGCUCAACGCAAGCAUUUCCCUUCCAUCAACUGGCUUAUCUCAUAUUCCAAGUAUAUGCGCGCGCUGGACGAAUACUAUGACAAGAACUUCCCAGAGUUUGUGCCUCUGCGCACAAAAGUGAAAGAGAUUCUGCAGGAGGAGGAAGAUCUCUCUGAGAUUGUACAGCUCGUAGGCAAGGCAUCGCUGGCCGAGACCGACAAGGUUACCCUGGAGGUGGCCAAACUGCUGAAGGAUGACUUUUUGCAACAAAACUCUUACUCGCCAUAUGAUCGUGUUUGUCCCUUCUACAAAACCGUGGGCAUGCUGAGAAAUAUAAUGGGCUUCUAUGAGACGGCACGCCAUGCUGUCGAGUCCACAGCCCAGUCGGACAAUAAAAUAACAUGGAACACCAUCAAAGAGUCGAUGGGCGGCAUUAUGUAUCAGUUGUCUUCAAUGAAAUUCAAGGAUCCCGUUAAGGAUGGCGAGCAGAAAAUUAAAGCAGAUUAUGAUCAACUGUAUGAGGAUGUGCAGCAGGCUUUCCGAAAUCUUGAGGACUAAGCGCCGUAGCAACAAUUUGAAGGCACUAAAUAACAUUUUAAACAAAUACCACACAAAAAGAAAAACCAAACGAAAUAAGCAACCAAAGUUAGGUUAUUAUUCGAAUUCCCCAUCAAAGCUAGUCAUAUAUACAUACAUAAUGCGUAAUAAGAUAUUUGAAUUCAAUUUAAUAUUUAAGUUAAACAGUUUAGCACAGUUGCGUCAGGCAGUUAAAUCGAGUUGCACUUGAUGAAGCAAAGAAGGAACAAUGAAUAAUGUAUAACAAAUACCAAAUAGCAAAAACCAAAUCCAGAACAGAAGUUGACAACAAUGACAGAGGAGUUAAGAAAGACGAACAAUAAUUAGCCUAUAGCGCAAAAGUAUGUUGUCCACUAAACCAGCCAUAUGAAUAGCAUGCAUAAAUAUAUAUAAAAAUGUAUGUGCUAUGUUAAUAAUAUGUUUACAUACAAAGUAAAUAAUUAUAAUUCACAAGCUAUUAAUUGUUAGUAAAAUUCAAAAUCGUAAAUUCGUCAAAGUUAUCUAAUUGUGUUCUCUACGUAACUGUAACUACAAAACUACUAACAACUAUUUAAUGUUUUUUGCCAUUGCGUGUUACAAACAAACAAGUUAAACCAAUACGAAAAUUAUAUUAUAUAUACAUUAUUAUAUUAUAUACCUUUAAAAACGCAAUAAUUACGUAGCUCAAACGCAUCUACCUAUUACGAAUAAAUUGUGGGCGUGUUUGCAACUGGAGCUAUGCGAAUAAAAAUGUAUUAUGAAUGUUAACACUUA